CAGGAUAAUCUUUUCAAGAAACUGAUAUCCAUUAAAACUUCAACCAACCAAGACAAAGCAGUAGAUCCUAUUUCCGGGAUACGCUUAGUUGACUAAUUUAGUGUUUGACCUGAGAGGUACAUUCUUUGACAUGGAAAUAUAGGAGCUGAGGGAUCUUGCUGAAUGAGACAGCCAUUAUUUGUUGGAGAAUUUUAAGAGUUACAGAACAAGCAUUUGGGAGGAAUUCUGGUAAUUUUACUAGCCGCGAGACGACGGGCAUACUCUCAACCUUGGCAAAGAUUAUGACGGCUAUAAAGAUUUUAGCUGUUUGUCACGCACUCAAGCGAAGGUAAGAAAACAACCGUUUAAUGUUUAUAUCUUAACGUGCAAUCACAUGUAAAACGUAUUUCCAUUUAUCUCGCGAAGUUUAGAAUAUAUCUUGUAGUUUACAAACUCAACAAACUGAAGUGGGCCAUCUCCGAUACUUGUUACGCGUUAGCAGUCAUCCCAGACUGUACCGUUUUUUUGGCCCAAAAUCGGCUUGUUUAGUAUUUGUCCUGUAUUUCAAGCAAAAUAAAACUUGUACUAAGUAAAAUUACUUAUUUAGGGAGAAAAUACGCACUGGAACCGAGAUAAAAGUCUCAAUGAGUGGGGAUGAAUAAUUGAUUACUUGUACGACUGUCUUCCGCUUAGAAAAUGUAUAAUUAUCAUGUGAUAGUCCGCGUGUAGAUGUGAUUAUCGGGUUCAUAUUCUUUGGAUUACACACCAGGGGAUGUGUUCUUGUAACCAUCAAGAAAACUGCAAACAGUCUCUAAGAUUCUUUUUUACGUAACCAACUGAAAAUUUAAGUGACGUUUCUGUAAUAUUGGCCAGGUCUACCGGCCCGGGGCUACCAACAGAGUCGGCACAUACGAAAACAACAACGAGCUUUAUUUGCAUGACCAUACAAUGUACAGUGUUGCAAAAGCUAAAAAAAAAGUUAGCUGUCGUUAGCUCAGGAUCCAUAGGAACAAGGGUAGGAAAGAAAUAGCCGGAUGGCCUGCGCAUCAAGCGUUUCCGUGCAAGUUCGUCAGUUUAGACCAGCUGAAACGAAAGCAAAACUGUGCAUGAAAGUUUGUUUGAGUUAUUUGGAACUACUAUCAGCCAAAACCCAUUGAUUAAGGUCUUUUUUUUCACUUUGAUUGGUGUCCUUUUCGAUCAGUUUUCUUGUUGUUCAGAUGUUAGUUUGAGCCACAUCGACGAGUGUACCGCAGAUGAGUCAUAAAAUAAUGUGGGUAAAAACUUGGAUUACACGACUCUGAUCUUUGGCUGUUACCUUACUUGAUCGUCCGUGGAAGAAACCCGAUGCUGUGGCCAUUUCGGAUAAUUUGUGACCUCUUUAGCAUUUCUUUCAAAUGGUACUUUGUUUUCCACGUUUUACAGAGGGAUAUGGAAUUUUUAUUAGUUUUUUAAAAAGGGAAAUUAUGAGAUAUUCCGACAUAAACAAACCAGGGUAUAUCGGCCAACUGCUGGUGAUGCGAUGGUGAAGUUAUUUGUUAAAUUAAAGCGUCCCCUGGACCAACAUUUAACCUUUAAACAUCUCAUGCUACAUAUCGAAUUCUCAAACCAAAUAUACCAGAGAAGAUUAAAUAAUUUAAUAACAGUGGAACAAUACAAGUAGUGCAGAUUAAAUGCUUUUAGGAGGACAAAGAGAAAGGAAAGAACGAAAGAAAAAAGCUACCCCAGUUCCAACAAAAACAUCAAAGGAUAACACCACGGUAAAGAGAUGACGUGGAAGUAGGCGGGAAACCUCAGUUAUAUUUUUCUUGUGAACACCCUUGUCCUCUAGAUAGCCCUUAUUCCUAUUUAGUUCAAGACAGAAAUACACACUUGGUAAAGGGCCUUUGCUCAACAGCAAUAUUAUAUAAACAACAACAAUAACGGGGCAAUCAAACGUAAAGAAAUCAUUGGUGCUUCCCUGUCCCCCCCCCCCCUCUUCCCUAAACUUCCCGCUAGGAGGAUGCUAUCUACAGAAUCUACAAUAUAGGAUAAAUCGCUAUCGGACGGAUAAGCCGUUAAGAAAAACCAGUGUUAGUGCACUAAACUCAAACCUCUAACGCCCAUGAAGCACGCUUUAUUUUAUCUCUUUUCGGCCGACCGUAAGGAGUUACAACGCUACGAUGUUAUUCUCCGGUCGUUCCUAGGCAAAAGUAAGUAAAAGGAAGUUAACACACGGAACCCUCCGAUCUACGGUGCUGUACGAAAUUCUUGGACAUCGAGUCGCCGCAUAAUGAUAUUAAAACAUGAAGACCCUCUUGCCAAUCCAGAAAACCUUCCAAUGUAAACAUUAUAAGUCGAUAUUUAAGCUCCUUUUUUGGAUGUUGUAAUCCGCUUUUGCAAAUGGUCAGUUUUAAAUCCGCUUUUUGAAUUGAGGUGUAUUGGAAGUGGUCAAAUUAAUAGGAAUGUCCAAGAUGUACGAAAACAGAGCCAGAGGGCAUAAACGCAUCAGGAAGCAACCUUAAAAGUCGACCAUCAGAAGAAAUCAUGAUGGUACAUACGGUUAUGGGUUACUAUACAGGAAACGCCUUUGAUUGUUUUUUGCAAGAGGCUUAACUAUGUGCGCUUAGAACAACGAUGUAAUGCUAUACUGAAGGCCAAGCAAAAUUGCGAGCUAUUCAAGGCUUGAGGCUCUUUCUGGUGGAUCAUCUUUUUAAGUCGACAUUUCACGCGCGGGCGCGUCUCUAGUGAAGUUAAGAUCAUUAUUAAAACGUUCGGAGACCUCUUAUAUCUUUAUUUUCAAAAACUAUUUUCUUCAAAUUCACACCCCACCCCCUCCCCCCUUCCCCUCCAAGAUAACAAAGUUCCUUUUUUAUGGAGCGGCGAUAUUGUUCUAGGAGAGGGGCCGACAUGACUGUAACGAUUGUUAAUAGUAGACAGUUGUAGUAGAAUUAAAUGCAAAAAGCGGUGUUUUAUGAGUAUCCGAAAGAUGUGGUCGAGGUUAAAAGUACUAUAAUGUGUAAGUCACAUCCGUUUUUUGAGAGUGUCGGCGAGUUUUGAUAGGAGCGGCAAGCCAGUAAGCCUCUGAUCAGAAUUGAAAAUUGCUGUUUUAAUAGUGUUUAUUGGCAAGACAUAUUACAAUGUAGCCUGCGAAAGCAUCCGUUUCUCCUUCGCUCUUCGCCGCUGGAAAACGUCCCCAGCGGCGAAGAGCGAAGGAGAAACGGAUGCUUUCGCAGGCUAAUUACAAUGGAAAAUUAACGCAUGGUUAAUUAACAAUCAUGCAAACUUAGUAGUGAUUGUAGAGAGCUUUGGUGGUUUAACUGAACACUUGCUUUGAUCUCAUCGUUGAAUACCGAGUGUGGUAUUUUAGUAGGUAUGCGGUUCCGAAGACCAUGAGGGCAAUCACCUUCCCCAUCCCACGAAACGACUAUUUUUCCUCGGUACACAGUAAUUUUCAAGGAGUUAUAAUAACUCCUCUAGUAGGCCUAAUUUAACUCCUUACAGUGGAGUUAUUUUUUGGGGAUUUAUUUUAACUCCAAAAAGGAGUAAAAGUGACCCCAGAUAUUGAGGAGUUAAAAAAAAAACCCAAAAAGGAGUUAUCCUGACCCCAGAUAUUGAGGAGUCAAAAUAACCCCCCAAAAGGAGUUAUCCUUUACCUAAAAUUUUUACUCCACUUUCAGAGUUAAAUUAACUCCAAAAGGAGUAAAAACAACCCAUGUAAGGAGUAAAAGUAACCCCACUUCGGAGCUAUUUUAACUCCAGACUGGAAGUAAAAAGAACCCUUUUUUAGGAGUAAAAAUGACCCCAAAUUCGGAGUUAAAUCAGGAGUUAAAAUAACCUCAAAAAAGGGGUUAUCCUGUACCUAAGACUUUUACUCCAUUUUUGGAGUUAUAAUAACUCCCUUAAAAUUACGGUGUAAAUAUGGAACAAAAGCUGUUACUCCUUGCUCAAAUACGAUAUGUUUAGAAAGCUUAAUUUACGUUUUGCAUUUUUUAAAUACGAUGAGUUUUAGAAAGCUUAGUUUACGUUUUGCGUUUGUUCGUUUUGCUUAGUACUAAUUCCAAAUUUUGUGGAAAGUUCUGUACAUCAGUGUCCUUUUCUUCGUUUACACAAGCCAGCUUCGUUGACUCGUCAGUCUUUCCAUGAACAAUUUUUGUCUAGAAAGGAAUAAAUGGCCUCCUCUGUAUUUGUUCUGGGAAUCUGUUUUUACCCAUCCAUAAACGGAUGCGUUUUUAAAAAAACUCCGUUGUCGAAAAAAGUGUUUUUUUUUAAAAUGUCCAAAACCAUUUUCAAAAGUCAGGAUUAAAGUAGGCUACUAUUAGCAGAAUGCGCAGAAUUUAAAGCUUCGUUCAAUGAAAUUAAAACACAAUUUAAACCCCAUUUACACGAGCAAAAAAAUCGGCACGGCACGCCAAAUGUUUGGCACAGUGCUCAAAAUUUUAGGGGUGCCGGGACUACCGCCGGGAGGUAGUCUCGGCACGGGUAAACGAGGCACGGUGCCAAAAAUUCGACGUGCCGUGCUGAUUUUUUAGCACGUGUAAAUGGGGUUUUUAAGUGGUGAAGGAUAAAGAUUACACAUUAUUUGAGUCCUGGCCGUCUUGUCUGUUACAAGGCGCGAUUUUGGACGCCUUUAAAUAGGAGACAGUCGUUUGGCGAGGAAUAUAUUAGGUUCUUGAAAUGCAACAUAAGAUCUAAACGGUAGUUAUGAUAAGGUUCACUCUAACAGGCCACCCAAAUUGAUAUUCAUCGAUUUUCCUGACUACUAUUCGUAGUGAAGUGCGAGACUGAGAGUAUUGAGCUUGUUACCUUUGCCUUGUUACAUAUACAUUAAAAAUAACACUUCCAAACUAUUAGAUAUUGUGUUUAAAGCCCCAGAAGAGGUUCUCCAGGAGUACUGGCUGUUUAGGCUGAUAUAACUCCGUUAAUCAAACGUUUCUCUGAAGCCAGAAAUAAACUUUUCCCCAUGAUAAGGAAUGGAGAAACACCACAAAUUAGUUGAAAAGAAACUUUGAUGAUCCCGCAAUAAUCUUUCACGUUUGUUUAACGUUUCCAGCAACGUUCGUGAACUAAGUUUGACCUUUAUCCAAUACAAGUGUUUAGUUACUCUGGGUAAACUUGAUAAUAGACUUUCAAACAUUACAAACAUAUCUUGGGCUAAUCUACACUUAGAAAAAGGGAACGUCAAUUGUAGUGUAAGGAGUUGAAAUCUUCUUGCAUUGUUGUUCGAGCAAAUUCUCUUCAGCAAGUUAAUUCAACUGCUUAUUAGUCAUUGCUUAAAAACUGAACCUGCUGGGCGAAAUUUUCCGGGUUUGAAUGAUUGCUAUUCAUCAUUUAAAUACUGUGAAAUAGCCAGCGUCGGACAGUUUAGAGCAGACAGCUGAUAUCAAAAUAUUAAGGGCAAAUCAUUCAGCUCUAUUGGAAAAUGUCAAUCUACAUAAGAAAUUUACAAUAUGAAGUACAGAAUUGAGGAGGAUUCAGCAAUAUUUCAACGUAAAUCUUAUGGUCUACAUACGUUAAAUCUCUUAUGUUGGAAAACUACAUGUAAUUGUCCUUUUUAUACAAAAUUUUCGGUUUUCCCCUGUAUUCGCCAGCGCUACGAAGACAUGUCGACCGCCCCUGUCUGUAACAUCAUUCUUUGUCGUUGUGAGUGUAAAAAUUUGCGAUACUGCUUCAAUGUUCAGAGAUUCAAGUGAGCACGAGAUUGCUGACAUUGCUAAUUUACUGUUUUCAUUUAUUGUGAAUAUAAACAACCGAUUUUUGUUUGUGGACGUAGCUCAGUCUUAAAACAUGAGAAGAUGAGUUCAUUAAAGCACGGUGAUGGGUCAAGAAAGCAGUUUCAAUGGUAAAUCUGAGUAAUAGGAGUGGUCAAACGGAAAAAAAUACCUAAAAAAAGUUUUCAGUGUUAUGAAAUCGAGACUGCAAACUUGCUGUCACAAUUUGUCAACCACUCUUGGCCUGGCAUGAAUCAUUUUCAACGACAAGAGGCUCUGUAUUCCGAGAAAAAAGGAGAAAGACAGCGUUUUUACUCUCGUGGCCGGCAUCUGUGCAAAAGAAAGCGUUUACAUAUGAAACACCGAGUUUAACUUCCACAGGAUUGCGCAUGCCAUAACGCGGAAGCUAGGGCUCUGGUGACGAGAUUGGGUUUGGGACACCAACAUAGCCGCCGUUGUAUUGUUUUGGAACACCAUGGCCGCCUUGAUGUCAUGUAAAAACGCUCCAUAGUCACAUUUUAAUAAACACUUUAAUAAACAGUAUAUAAAAUUUCUAUAUGUCCGUAUUUUUUCUUCACAGUAACUGUAAAAUCCUUAUAAAUUAAGGGGAAAAUGCCUGAAACGUUUGACCUCUUGUACAAUAUUUGCCAGUUAAGUACUAGUUAGUUAGGGCUAUUCAGGGAUAAGUUUUAGAUAGAACUUAAAAAUAGGAGGGCUGUAUUGGCAUGUGGCGUGCCAAAUCAUAAAGUGCUGAACUUUCCUCUCGGAAAGGAAAGUUCAGCACGAAGGUCGCGAGAGCGUCGAAGUCGAGAAAGCCUAGAAUUAUGACAGAAGCCCAGGAAAAAAUUGCUAGCCUGCAGUGCUUUGAAAGGUACCAGUCAGCAAUUAAAAAACCUCAAAGAUAAUAGCUAGCUCUAUAUACUUUUUGUUUUUCCUUAUUUAAUCCAUUUUCCAGUGUGAGGAUCGGAUCGGAUCACAACUUGCGUAUUUUUUAAAACAGCGUAUUUAAUUUUAGUAAACCUUCAAGCGGUUGUAGGUGGUAAGAAGUUUUGCUUCAAGAGAAAAAAUUUACCGGUUACUGAUAGGGAGAACACUGUAUCUGGUAAAAUAUUGAUUUAGAAGCACCUUAAUAAUCUGACGUCGGUAAGUUUCGAUCAGCGUUGUUGGUUAAUGCUUAUAUUUUUCUGAUGUCUUAGUGGCUUUCGAAACGCAUACACAAAAAAACAUAUUUAACGGAACAAUCAGCAGUUAACUUGAACAUUGUGAUAAUAUUAAUUGCUACGGGAGUGGCCUGAAUGAGGGAUAGUUGAACUGAACUGAACUAAGACUGUUGUUCGCUCUGUUACGAGGGUUAGAAAGGAUUAUAUGACACAACUAUAUUCCCUUCAUAGUAUUAAUUGAUUGUCUGAAAAUGUGUUGGUGUAUACACCAACAUAUUUCAAUAUUCAGUGACAAAUACAAACUGGCCUACGUAGGGGCAGAGGAGAUGUUAGAAAGGGCCCAGAAAAUCAUUGGUUGCUUAAAACUGCGCAAUUUCAAUCAACCAGUGGUUUUCUGGACCCCUUCCAACAUCCCCUCUGCCCCUACAUAGGCCAGUUUGUAUUUGUCACUGAAUAUUGCCAAUUUGAUAUUUCAGAAAAGAAAUAAAUUAGAGAUCGUCAAUUGAUUCUCAGCUAUAUGGUCAGUCCUAUCUGUCGGUCUUUUGAGAGAUGCUUUGUUGCAGACUAAUUACUCUGAGCCCCAUGGGUCUUCAAUAUCCAUGCGAGAAUCCAUCCCGUGAGGAACGAGCCAAACGAAAAGCGAUUACAAAAAAUAAGUAGAAGAACAAGACCAAGAAAAAAAGAACGGGCAAGGACAGGGGCACGUUCCGCCUACCUGGAGACCUGGAGACCCAUUUACAGCAACAAAAAAACUGGAACAACUUCUAUAACACGACGGAAAGCGUGGAUAAAAUUUUACGUGUAAACGGUACCUGAAUUGUUCCAAUAGACCUUAUUCACGAUGCUCGCCAUCUUUGCACGCGUUUAAGGACUGGUGGGAUCACAGCGAUGUCACGUGGUUUCUCAGGCGGCAGGCAAGUGAUAAAUUUUUCCAAUGCAAGAAAUCGCGGUCGAGUUUGUUUAUUCUUGACAACAGAAAAUGAACAACUUUUUAUAUUAAAGACGAUAAUGGCAAAUUAUGGGUGGAAGAGAUCAUUUUUACUUUUUCUGGAUGCAGGAGCAACUGUAGAUAUCCUCACAGCAAGGAAUACUGACGUUUAUUUUGUGGAAACUCAAACCGUACAUCUUGCAUGACCAUAAAUCGUCGUUUCGUUUUGAGAGAAUAAACAAAGUCGACUGCGAUUUCUCGCAUUGGCAAAUUUUAUCUUUGAUUGCCCCCUGAAAUACCACGUGACAUUGCUUUUAUCCGAUCAAUCCUAAAACGCGUGCAAAGAUGGCGUGAAUAAGGUCUAUUAUAACUAUUUCGUUCCGAAAGGUUCCAUAGGUGCCUAUGAGGCUCUUUUGGAACGGAACAGGUAAAAGCUAGCAUUCUCUUUUCGGUUUCAAUUCACAAUAUUUUUUUUCUUCGUUACCGGUCUCGAAUAUAGAACGGUGUUGUAUCCCUGCGGGAAAAACUCACACUUGUUGAUCUGAAGUGAUCUUAAGUCGUGACUGAGUGGUUCCAAGUCUGGGUAUGCCCUGAUCAACAACCCAGGUUUAAUUUUACACAGAGAACACGAGAUUUUAUAAUAUUAGUAUCAAAUCAAAUUACUCCCUAAUUUUAGCGCGAAAUUUCAGCGUUAAUUAAUUUAUAUAAUUUUUUCCUAUAUCUCUCUCUCUUUUUUUGCCAGUUAAGAAAAGCCAAAAAUAAUGCAAUAACAGAAAGAAAAAAAAAAGAUGUAUCAUUGACCAUCCGGCGGGUGGCAGAAUAUCCGAUUUAUUGUCUUAGAACCGUUAUUCCACGGUUUGAAAUAAGGGUUUUGUGAUAAAAAUGAAGCUCCUUCACCAGAAAUAAAGGAUAAGCAAAAAAGGUUUGUCUGAAAACGAAAAAUUUAGAACUUUUAUAUAUUUUGAAUCGCAGUUCAAAAUGAAAGAUCAUCGCGGUAAAGGAGAAAUUUUCCUCUUCAUUUUUUUCUUUUCAUGGACACAAAAAGAGCUUAUUUCGAGCCCUUAGAGAUGUAGAAAUGACUUUGUUGCAUUGUUUUCUCAUAUUGCCGGCGUCAAUCAGUCAUGGUAACCCAUUCUUGUACAUAUUAUUAUAUCUGACUGAGUCUGAAAACAAAAUUGCUCUAGAAACCAAACGCCCACCAACGUAUCAUAUCGUGUUGGUCGCUGACGAACCUCAUUAAGUAAAGAUUUUUAUGAUGAUCUCUAUUAUUUUUUUAAAACGUUCCGAUUGAAUUCGUCAUCGCUGUGAAAAGGCCGCCUUUCUGGGCUUAGGUUCCCAAAUUCAGUAUAUAUGUUCCUAGUUGGCUCCGCCUUGCUAGAGCUCCUAUACAUUUUUGUCAGUGGACAAAUCUUACUGAUUUGAUGAUAAUUUUUUCCUUUUCUUGUUCUGAGGAUAUCUAAAAUGUCUUAUCUCCACUUUUUUCUUUUUUAAAAAAAGUCAUAGCCAACGCUAUCUUUUUGCUUUUACAGCCGUUUCUGAGUGGGCGUAUUGUGUUUGUAAUAACAAACGUUGUCACCAUAACAUAUUACAUAAUGUCAUAAGCAGCUGGACUACUAUUCUAAUUCUCCAUGGGGAUGUAUAGGAAUCACAGCGUGUGGAGAUCUGUAGGCGGCCCAGAUUUUUGACCUUUGAAGUCAUGCUCUUGAAGCAUACAAUGAUAAUAAAUUUAUGUUGGCCAGUCGCUUGGUUCUACUUGCCUCACUCGAUCUCUGUCAAAUUUCUUUCGGCAACACGAGGAACAUUUUGCGCUGUACCAAUGUCGUAGGGUGCUAGCAAAUCUCUGGCUCAUUAGCACAUUCUUUGGUAAGCCUUUACAUAAACAAACAAUUAUUUUUAUAACGAUGAUUUCAUCAAUGCCUUUUAUUUACCCACGAUUACUUCGCGAUGGCAUGUCCUAAUUGUCAUCCUGGUAAAGGAACCUUGUCUAAUUGCUUUGUAUUUGCAGCUCGGGGAACCAAUUGCAGGUCUUGUUUUGUAAAAGCAAAAUCCUUUAUAGUAAUUGGGGCUUUGUUUUCACUGACCCGUGCAAUGCAAAUUUCAAAAUGUUGCACCUUCAUAAUCGACGCGAAGGCACCAGAACGAUAAUUAAUUUGAGAUCAUAAUUGUUUCUUCUUUGCUUGAUAAAAGAUUUUAUGUUAUUCCAUAAACGGGUGCACGAUCCCGUGUGGCCGGGACUCUAUCUCUUAAUAUAUAUCCCGGAUUGAAUAGUUUUAGAAGUUUUAUGCGGCUCUGUAGACGGUUUUGAUUAUGACAAAUUUGUCGCAGGUAUAAUCCAUUAUUACUCAUAAAUGAGAGCGGAGAAAAUGUAUAGCGAGGUUGUGUUACUGGAACAAUCUCGUUUUCAUAUCGAUUUCACGAAUCAUGACUGAGAAGAAAGGACUACUUUAACUUAUGUUUAUGCAGAACAGACUAGCUUGGCGCUUGAAAGUGGUAAACGUUUACUAUUUGAUAUCUCGACAUUAUAGAUAACAUUGUGUAAAUUUCUGACAUCUGUUUACGUAGGAAUCGUUGUUAAGUGCUGCAUCAAAGGAGCCUAAAGAUGGAGGAAAUUGAGUAAAUGAAUGGUAGUUUCGUUGUGCCGGAAAGAGCAUGUCAUCGUUUAACCACGAAAUUGAAACUAACAUGGCAAUACCUGAUCAACAUCCGAAGCGAUGGAAAUCACGGCUUCAUAGUUUUCAAAGCACUCUGAGACAGUCCAUGCGAUUGAAGAGAGGAUAUUCACCGAGAACAGCCUCAUCUGUUGAUGAAGUAAAACGCGAUCUUUCAGAAGACAACCGAAUCCAUGGAGCGAAUCGUUCGACGAGGCACGUGAAACGGGAAAAUUUGACCAGGGAACAACACAACUCAGUGUCACACAAACAAGAUAAUGGCAUCAAAACAAAUUCACACUCACAUUAUCCGACUAGAAAAACAUCAUUUGACAAAUCUAGUUUGGACAAGCAGAAAUAUGAGAAAAACAAAACAAACGCGAAUAAUAAUCGAAAAGAAAAGAAAACUACGGCGGAAUCUUCUUCGAGUAACGCACACGUCAGAGAGCUGGCAGAUUGCGGUCAAAAAGCAUCAAACUCAGGGAAAAGAUCACAAAGAUCCAAACCUGAGAGAGACAAAACAAACACAGAAAGACCAAGGCUCUCAAGAUCUAAGAGCUUGAGUAUACUAACAAAUUUAUUUAAGAGAUCCAACAAGUCAAAAGAUAAAAACAACCGUGGGAAAAGUCAGUCUUUUUCGCCCUCGCACAUCGAGGUAUCGAAAGGAUUAUCAACAGAUCAUGGUAUUAAUUUGGACACUCUGGUAACAGAUAUCGCUGCUAGCACUUCAUCGAUUGAUUCCUUUGGAGAUUACGACUCUCAUUUCAAGAGAGGUAAGUAUUACUCGUUGAAACGUUCAAAAGGAUCGCUGAUUUUUCCAAAAAGGACCCUUCCGAGAGCUUUUUCUAUGGACAAUUCGUUGGAUCCCUGCAGCCCUCAAAUGGAAAAAUCCAAGACGGUAUCCUCAAUUCCACCCUGCAUUCGUGUCGAAGAAUACCGCGAAAAUUCCCGUGGUGCUUUUGAAAGGGCUCUUACUGCGGAAUUUGUGCCUCGUUUGUCAGCUCAAUCAGGAAGAAAUGAUACGCGUUCUGAAUAUUAUCAAAACGUGACAGGUCGUUCAAGUUCCUUGGGGUGUAAAGCCCGCGCAGAAGUAGCUUCACCCCUUUCAAGUGGCUCUCCUGAAACAUACGAAACAGUCGCCAAUAUAACCCGACCAGCCGCAAAGAAGUGUGACGCACACAAAAGACGUUCAGCUCCUCCUUCGCUGCUAUAUUCGGCUAAUGAAAACUCAUCAAAUAUUGGAUCGUCAUUUUUUUCUGAAUCGAAGCCAGAUAUUGCUCCGGGUGACGAUAAUUGCGAUCAAAUUGAACAGGACGUUGUUGGGUGCAAGUCAAAAGGUUUGGACGAGAGAACUCUACCACUGGAAAACAGCAGUUGUAGAGAUUGCGGGGAUUUGACAACUGAUAUGGGAAACAACUCAUCCUAUGAGCAAAAACCACGAAAAUUCAAUCCGAAAGAUGCGACAAUGAAAUUGGAAUUUCUUCGGUCCUUUAAGAGAAACGGAAAGUCAUUUUAUCGAAAUGCAACAGAUGGUGAGGCAGAUCCUAUCAUUCAGGAAAGCGAUUUUCUGGAGAGUUAUGAUCAAGAACUUGAAAAUGUAGUACUCAGUUAUUAUCCUGUACAGAGCAACAGUCCGGAUAAUCACUUGACAAAGGACAAAUUUAAUUCUUUGUACGAGGGUAGUGAAGCGCUUGAAGAUGGAAAACGAAUGAUUAAUACCUUUCAUAUUAAACACGAUCAUGCGCGAGAUUUUUUCGAUGUUAAAUCGACAGUCGACAGGAUCACGGACACGGAAAAUCACUUGGAUGUAAACUGGAACACAGAGGAUAAACUUGCUUGCGACAAAACACGAAGUUUAUCCAGCGAGAGAGUAAACAUUGAAGAGCAACUUUGCGAAGAGCACUUUUGUUCUGCGAACUGUGAACAAACACAGAAAGACGGGUCAAUUCAACUACGGCAGUGUUUGUCUUGCGUGAAAAGACGUUGCGAGUUGACAGAUUCUCUACAAUCAUCACCGUGUUCCCCAACGCUUUCUGAAACAUCACGGGGACAAACAAACGUUGGUGAAGAGAAUAUACACAGUUUGCGUGAUCAUAAUUCACCGGAGUUAAUUGUUAGCAGAUUAGGUAGGAUUUGUACUGGCGAAGACGUAUUGGCUGAGAAAAAGAUACAAAGUCAUAAAGUGAAUAGUUUACCAAACUCACCAAGACAGUCAUUAUCACCUUUGAUUAGCAAUUCAACAAUGUAUCACAGUUUUCCUGAUAUCAGAAAACUGCACACCAGUCAUACUCUGCCAAUUAACCAGCUCUCAGACAGCACGGAUAGCCUUAAUUCCUCUUGUAGCUUAAAUGCUGAAAACAGUUUUGAUAAUGACAAUUUGUCCGUAAAAAGCCGUGGCGAAAAAACUCCGUCGCCGCUUUUAAUUUCUCAAGAUUAUUCGAGCUACAAUGAACAUGGUGGAAUACUAAAGUGCGGCAACUUGAACCUUGAACAACCCGAGGAACGUCAGCGCUCUCGUAGCGCAAGGAUGCCAUCAAAGUCACCACUUCAGCAGGUGCUUAUGACGGAGUCUAAUCGCUCUGUGUCUUGCAGCCAGCUAGACAAGAAUAAUGGGAGUCCUGCGAUUUGCACUAGUCCUCCUUAUGUAAGGCCGCGGAUCCAAAGCCUUGAACAGUUGCCUGCAUGCACGGCAGAAGUCGUGCUGAGGAAAAAGAGAAGUAUCAUCAAAAGAAACAUGAUGAAACACACUACGUCACUAACAUAUGUUGACAAUGUGUUCAACGAGAUGAUUGACAUGGGUAAGCGUCACUCUUACGGUGGCUAUGGGGACAAGUCAUUCCUUCGACUUCCUCAACAUUUGCUGCAGAGAUCCAACAGCAUUGGUAGCUGUAACAGUUGUAAUAGCUCACAGCAGUCAAUCAACUCAGAAUCAUCGUUUACUGAGAAUGAUCUUGGCAGCACUUUCUCAAUGGCAUCAGAAGUGUCCUUCCCUAGUAACUUUGAUGUGAGUUUAAAUCGUUCUCGUAGUGUUCCAGGGCAUCUUGGUGGUAUCCCACAGAAUUCUCCUAUCCCAGAGGAGAGAGCUUCCCUAUCUGAGGUGGACUGGUCUUCACAAACAGGGGAAAACAGUGAUGAUGAAAUUGAGGAUGAUGAUGAUGAUGAUGAGGUAGGUUGUCAAUGAUUUUUCUUUUGUUACUAAAAUAUAUUUAGAAAUCCCUUAACUGCGCUUUUCAAAAAACACGCGAACUCUAAAGUUCGAAAGCCGCCUUCACAAUUGCGUUUUUCGCUGACGUCAAUCAAAAUUACGAUCACGAGCAACGAACCUUGAAAGACACAAACACACAAAACGGAUCGAAAUCCACCAAUCACAAUCACAAACCAUGACCUUUUGUACCCGUUGAAGUAAAUUACUGUUUCCUAAGAGGCCCGCUUGGAUGAUUGACUGCGGCGAAAAACGCAAACAUUAGUUGGAAAAGCGCAGUAACGAGAAUCCACCUCACGGAACCCAGAAAUAAGAUUCCCCGGGUGAGAAUUUUUUUCUGGGUUCCUUGCGGAUGAUAUGAAUCAAAGUGGUUUUCUAAUUUAUAAUUGUCACAUUAUCAAGUAGUAACCAAAUUAAUUUUUUAAAUUUUAUUAACGUGAUAAGAUUGAAGUACAGGAAGGUCAAGAAAAAAGAUUAAAAGGACAAUUAUUUUAAGUUACUUUUUAAUUCUAGAUCAAGUGAAUCACUUCAGUUAAGAGCUCAUUCUAAAUUAUUGGCCUAAUAAUUUAUCCUCUCUCUGAAUUGCUAUCAUUAAUUUGAAAGUAGACAAAGAUAGAUUAACUUCCUUUUGUUUUUUUUUUUGUAUUUUCCGCCUCUGUGAACAUUCAAGUGUUCUGAAAGAAUGUUCUGAUUGCAAAGUUAAAUCACCUAAGGUCAACUAAACCCAGUAGGUUAUCUAUUUGACAAGAUUAUGGAAUCAUUAAGUAACUGGAAAUCAUUGAUUCGCAUGCCUUUGUAUACAAAAUACGAUGACGGAUUGUUAAGGUGAUUUUGUUAAGUCCGAAAAAAAUAAAUUCUGCUAAAGAGGUUUCAUUUGAAUGGUAACACCUUAGAAUUUCAUCCACCGAGCUGUAAGGUUUAGUGAUAAAUUAUCUCAUCAAAACAUGAUCUGGGAGAGAAAGGGAAGCUAGUGUUUCUAAACAAAUUGCAAGUAUUUUUGUGUUGGUCCAGUUAUAAGUCCCUUGAGUAAAUUGCCCCCGACAGAAUACAAGAAAAAAAAAAAUACAAAUUCAAUCUUUUUUGCUUGCUUUCUCACUGCACCUACAUCAUGGAUUCUAUGGGAGCAAUAAGCUAUUAGUACGAUGUAUGAGCUCUUGACGGUUCCCUUUAUUAAUAUUGAGCAAAACUGUCCAGACAUUUUUAAGUGGUUUUAAUAAUCUAAAUUUGGCUGUUACAAGUAUCCAACAUUCCAACUUUUAUGAUGCUUGUAAAGCUUUAUUUUUGAGCCAGCCACACGCCUAAGUUGUCCAAAACAUGCUUGUAGCAUGCUUAGAAAAUGGGCCAACUAGGAUUAAAGAGUUGGGCAAUUUUGGCGAAAAUCAGCGAUGUUGAAGUCCUCCACAACUGUAAACCCCAUAAUCUGUGGAAGGAGAAGCAUUCCAUUGAUAUUUUUUGAGCCUGAAGAGGUCGACAUGUCUGAUGUUAAAAAUAGCACCUUAUUUUCAUUAUUUCUAUAUUUUUAUCCAAAUGGAAGAAAACAUCUGCUUCCAUGCAUUACGAAAGGAAGAUUUUGCUAGGCGAUAAUAAGUUAUAAUUAAACAUGAUUAAAAGUAACAUAGUGUGAAGAAUUCAGUUCAGAUGUUCAAAAAUUCUCUUUUUGAUAAGUUUAAAGUUUGUACCCCAUUGAAAUUUAAUUUCAAAUAACUAGCAUUUGACUAAAAAGAAGACCAAGAGAAGAAUUCAUUGAAAAAAGGGAAUAUAACAAUAUGUGAUAAACUACAUCAAUGGACAGAGAAAAGCAUUUGCGGUGAACAUUAGUUAAAACUUGAUUGGCAUGUUUUACGGUUUUUUAAAAGGCAAUAAACAUAUCUACAUUCUUAAAAUGGGCUGCCUGACGUUGACUAAGGCUCAGAUAUUUAUCAAUUUAUAUUGAUCGACGCGAAUGCUUCUUAAAAUAACUAAAAGCAGUAAUCUCAGAUGUUUCUCCUCUUUUUCGUGCACGAGGUACAAGGGCUGUAAAUGAUUUUGAAAAUCAGUCACUAGGUAAAUCAGUUACUAUUAUAUAAUUAUUGAUUUACUUAAUCUUUUAAUCCCCAAGGGAGCUAUUGAUCGUUCUGCUCAAAGACUGGUUGUUUUCUUGUCUUUGUGAAGUCGCAGAAUAGAAAAAAAGCAGCGCUGUUGUAAGCAACAUCUUUACAAAGGCGUAAAAUAAUUUUAUACGCUCUGCAUUCUACCUAAAGAACAAAUAAAACAUUAAUUAAUACCUUAGUGCUGAACAGCGAAUGUCAAAGAACAGAUUGUACAGAACUACUCGAAGGUAAUCUCUUGCAUUACUCUUUGUCACCAUAGCUUAGGAAUCGAGUUACUUAAUGCGAAUUUAAACACUGAAACGUGCUUUUCGGUAACAUUCAUGAUGCGAUUUUUUGAUACUUUCGCCUUAAACCCCAGGUGUGGAAGAUGCUAAACAGUUAAAUUGUUGUCACGGUUUUGACACAAGCGAGUAAACAAAACGGAGUAUAUAGAGAUCGUGUUUCAAUGCUUUGAUGUCAGCCAUGUUUCCAACGUGUCACUGCAAGUAAAGCGCGUGUCAUUAUGGUCGGAGUGUUCAUGAAUUACUGAAUACCAAGACUGAAAUUCCAUUCACGCUGUAUUCGGUCUCGAGGUAUCAUUUGUAAAACGCAUCGUGCCUGAUCGGAGCUCUCCGACUGUGACACCAGGCAGAAGUUAUGACAAUUCUGACAUCUUCAUGUAUUCGGACUUCUUGUUGAUAUUUCUAGGGCAGAUACCGGCUUAGGAGGUAAGAUAACUCACGGAUGGUACGUCUAAUCGUGGAUUACAAUUUUGAGGUAUUGAUCUGUAUUGUAAUCCAGGUCUGGCAGUGAUAUUUGUCUACCUCAAUCUGACCUAUCAGCACUGUGGUCAGAUUCUAGCCAUGCUCUGGAAAGUGUCGAUUUUCUGGUCAAGAUUUGGCUCCAAUUUGUAUCACAUACCACAAAGAUACCAGGGUUUAUUAUCUCACUUUAUUCUGUGCUUAGGAAGUUGAUAAUGACAAUUUAACAGUUAAUUAACCAUAAUUUGCCCUUUUAAUUCUAUUAAACAACGUUGAAUUUGCCUGUAACUAAACGGCUACAUUUAGAUUUCUGUGGUGGAAUGAAUUAAGUAAUUGGUCUUGCAUUUUGACUAUUUCCUGUUUUUGAAGGCCUUCGACAUAAGCGAGUAUUUGUAAAGGUUUUUUCAAUGUGCUUACAGUCUCGUAUUAGAAGAAGACUGAAUAAGUCUCGCCGUCGAAGCUGUUUCUGACGAAAGGCGAUGAGAAGUGCAAUUCUUGGUAGCCUCGUGUGUUUUUAAUUUUUCGUUGGGAAAUGCGAUUCAAUGUUAGCUAGUAAAUGUUGCACCGAUUUGAUCUUGGUGGGAGGUACAGAGCUCAAAUUGAGAUACUGAUAAACCAGUCAUCCAGCUCUGAACACAAGAGCAAUAACUUCGGUCGGAAAAACUCAUUAUCAUAGCCGCAAAUUGUUUCUUUGUCCUAUGAAGCUGUGAAGGCGUUAAUUAAACCUCCAUUAAAUUUAAUCGGUUAAGAACUCGUGCAUUCCAGUUUUACAUUUUAAAAUACCGCUAGUAAACAGCAGCUCGAUUAAGACAGAUCAUUCUUAACAACAGGCCAAACGAAUAAUUUGAAUGAUUAUGUUGCAUUCGAUUUGGGAAUGGCAGGGUUCUUGCAAGAAUUUAAUUAAAUGUUCCUAAUAACGCGCCAGUUUUGCAAAUUAACUUUCAAUUAUCAUGGAAGGCAAAACAUAUUUUUGUUUGGGUGCUAAAAGGCGCUCAAAUUGUUAUGUAAACAAUCGACUUUGCACAGCUCAAGUUCGAUUAUAAAUAGACGUUCGCUUUUAAGUCUUUUAUUGUAUUUGAUCGUAACUUUGCUUCCCGUGUCUUCUUCUACGGAAUGGCCUUGCGCCCUCUAUGAAUUUUUGAAGCAUGCCUUAAUUGAGAGCAUAGAAACUUCCAAAUGUUUUUGCCUUUACAUACUCAAUUGACUCAAUUCACCAUGGUCUAAUGCAUCGUCAUAGACGUGGGAAUUUUUUCUUCAAACUUCAAAGCGUCUAUACAUAGCCUUAAUUUGCAUUCGGUUUGUUUGAAGUUCAAAUUUACAUCACCUUGUUUACAAGCAUUUAAGAAACGGCGGUGGUUGGGCAGAAUUUAAUUUUUGCCGAUUUUUGAUUAUGAUCUCGUUAAUCUUUUGACUUGAGUAUAUGCGCAGAACAGAACUCUUCAUUUAACUGUAAAAGUUUUGUCGGAAAUGCAGCUUUUUAGAUAAGUAUUUCUUUACCAAUUACUUAAAGGCCUUAGAAUACAAAAAUCCUAUUUCUUUUGUCUACUGGGUCUACUAUCCAGAGACCGGCAGUACUGUUCAUGGGUAUUGCUUCAGUAACACAAGCUAACACAUGAUCCAAAUGACUUCAACCACUUAAUGGCUGUACGACUGUGAAAUGUUAAUACAGCUCAUGAACACAUUUAAGAAGUAUUCUCUAAAGUUGAAGUACAUUAACUAAUUAGUUUUCAUAUACAGUCGAAUAGUUCGAGUUAUCGAGGGUAAAAUUAUGUAGAAAAUGAUCUGAGGGGAAAUAAAGAGAGAAUUGCUUCGAGUUAGCGGGAGGUUCGAGCUAAGGAGGGUUCGUCGAGUUGCCGGGAGUCGACUGUGCUAAUAAUAUAAUUAGUUAAAUAAUAAUUAGUUUUCAUCAUUAGAAAUUAAUUAGCACUAUAAUAAACGUACUAACGACAAUAACGAGAAUUAAAAUUGCAAUCGACCGCAAAAUGAUAGAUUGUUGUCUGAUUUUAAUAUUGUACAUUAUUUUUCCGGUAUCAAUUUUGCAUUUUUUUUCCGCGCACUUUUUUGCACACUUUCUUUCUUUGACUUUACACCGAACAAGUUCGUCAGAAAGUAAAAAUCUGACCAAAAAUAACCAUCGAUGGGGAACUAAUAUUGUCGUUAAUAUGGUUUAAUUUUCUCUCUGAUUAAUUACUGUAUUCAGGGUUUAAGGAGCAUUGAAAUUUCCAAAGCUGCUAAAUAGACAAACUGUUGAAGGAUCGUAAUAUUUGAACGCCAGAUAAUUUGUUGACUAAGUUUCUGCUUUUCAGUGAAUUCUUUUCAUUAACAAUUGGUAUAAUUUCUUACUCUGCGCCGAACGUGACUAGAAAUGCAAAUGUGCCUGCAUGUGUAGAAAAAUAUAUUUUAUUGUUUCAUGAUUUUUGGCGUUAUUAUCGGAAAAAACUCAUUUAUUUGAUGUUGAGCAAGUGCUAUCUUACGUUUUUGCGGCAAAUUCAAGUUUAUUGGAUGCCUCUAGAUGUUUAAAGUUUGGCUGUUGUUUUUAAUGGCGGCUUUUAACAUGCCGACGUCACGUCUCUCUCUUAGUGAGCGACAAAACCUAGAAUAAAAUUUGCAGUAAACUUCUACUGCACGCUAGGUAAAUCACCUUCUGAAUAAUUUCUUGUAAGUGAUAAUUUUGAAUUUUAUUUAUCGAGAAAAACGGAAAACUUAAAUUGGUAACUACUGAGUACAAUCCGAAAUUCCAUGUGAGACACCUGGUCGCUCCUUGUUCAAGGUUCCGUUUAGGUAAAAUACCUUUUCCCAGUCAACAAAGUAGCUGGAAACUUUCAGAAGCGAUUAAGACCCCCUAUAUGUGGCCAUCUCAGUAGUUGGCAUUUUGGGUGGUCGCAGGUUCGACCUCGUACAAGCACGAUUUAGUUUCCCUUCGAGGAAGUCUUGACAAGUGUGAUCUAUUUUUGAAGCACUUCGCGUUACUUUCCUGUUUUUGUGGUCUGUUUUGUUGUGUAGCAUUGUCAGUCAAACGUUUGCCAACAAAAUCCUUUAGUUUAAAUAAACCACAACAUUGUUAGUAUUUCCCUGUGGUAGAUUCCAUGGUUUUAUGGUUAAGUGCAUUCUUGGGACCAAUCGUUUUGCAACAAUCAAAUUCGCUAACACUUUUCUUAAGUGCAAUAAAGCAGGAUCGAGGCCGAUUUCCACACAGUUUUCGAUUUGCUCUAAGUCAUGUAAAAGCCGGACUUUUGCUUGUUAUUGUUAUCAAUUAAAUGCCUUCAUAUCAUCAUAUAAGCAUAGAACUCAGUUCUUUACUAUAGGUGUGAUAUAUAGUCCAUGUUUCAGCGGCAUAUAGGAGAGAAAAAAGACAACAGCUAUAGAGACCUUAAACAGAGCCUUUAAUAGACACAUGCUGGAUUUUCCAUAGCCUGUCUGGGUUUUCCGAGACACUUGCAUUUCCCAUUCAGCUAUAUUUGGGCUCACUGUCUUGGGUAGCAUUGUUGGAGGUAGGUGCUUCCUAGGCAUUUGAAGUCAGAAAACUGCACCAGGGCGUUUUGAUUCUGUGAUAGUUAUGGUUAGAAGUUGGCUCAGGAACUGUUUUUAGGUUUUGCAUUGGUUGACAUAAGCACUCAGUUUUCUAAAUUCUUGAAUCUAAAUUGGGAGGCAGUUCUGACGAACUUGCUAAAUAGGUCAGGAAGCUGUUUGAGCAUGGCAGACGUCUUAGUCAUUAAAUAUAACCAUACAAUACAAGGAGACUGUGAUCAGGAUGUCGUUUUUGUGUUAGUGGUUACGCUUAGAGGCCAACGCGGAAAAAAAGGUGCAUAGAUUUCUGAUGACUAGAGAGCAGAUAACUUUCUUUCCCACCGCACUCUGAGUGCUAAUUAACAUUGGCGACGUUAUGUAGUUGUAAUUUUUGACUCUGUAAAUUAAAUUCUUCACAUCCCUUUCUCCGCAAAAAGAGCCAAAAAUAAAAAGUUAAGAAAUAUUGCAAAACAUUUACAGAGGGAUAGCACUCGGAAUGUGAAGUACUGUCGAAGAGGUUUGAUUUGAAUAGUCACACGCGAUAGGAUUAUUUUCAUGUACAGACGUGUCUUCGCUACUGAAUCUGGAAUAAAACGUUUUGAACUUUACUUUGUACUGUGUCGUUGGUUUACAAAUGUUAUACAAAUUGCAGUGUGAAUUUUUGGCAUCUUAUAAUUCUUAGCUGAAACUGGGUUAUACCCUUCUGUUUAUAGCCACUAUAAAGGAAAUAGAAAAACUUGCUUGAGUGCACAUUCUUUGCUUAUCUUUGCCAUCAUCUUCAAAGAGCCAGCGAAGAACGUUGCACGCGUCAGAAGAAACGCAGAUAAAACCAAAACUCGUGCUUUCAAACACACUAGAGAUAUCAGAUUGUAGAGAUAUUAGACUUUGUAGCUCGAUAUUAGCGACGCAAGUCUUUUCUUGUAAACCCCUUAUUAACAAGUGCUUUCCGUUUUGUUCCCGGUUAUGCCAAAGAUGGAAGUGCCAGAGGCUUUCGCUGAAGCACUGUGGGAUCACGUGACCAUGGAUCCUGAAGAGCUGAGUUUCCAAGCAGGUGACAUCAUCACCGUUCUAACUAUGACGUCAUGUGAUUGGUGGUUUGGCCAAGUGGGCGAUCAGGUGGGAUGGUUUCCUGCACCGUUUGUUCGGGUAAGUCAAAAAUGUAGGUACGCAGUACGUACGUACAGCUAGAAUAACACCAAUAUGAGUAAAUAAAACGUGUAGACUAUGUCACAGGGUAUAAACCUUGCAAAACCGGGCUUUCAGUAAAUGUUACGGCUUGGCCUGUUAAAGACAACUUGUAGGGAACUAAAUGUCUUUACGGUUGUACUGACAAAGAUAUUGUACAUCCCGCAAUUGCCUCUACAUUCGAAUCUUUGCUGACGUCAUUGUUUACAUUUUUACUCAUUAGCAUACGAGUUAACUCCUAGAAGACGUCACUGUAUGCAAAAAAUAAAUUCAAAAGUUGAGAGAGUUGGUUAAUUUGAACAAUUUGCGCUCUUUGCACCCGAUGACGAAGGAAAUAGCAGUCAUCGAAAACUGCAAAAUUGUUGAGUGGCAAAAACGUUAAUGAGCCCAUACAUUUUUUUGAAAAGUUUGGGUUUUUUCAAAGAUAAUUUCUUCGUAACCAUUCGGUAUAUCAGGCUCAAAUUUUCUCAGAUAACUGAAAUUGAUAUGCUCUUUCGAUAUUCAGUGAGUUUAUUUUGAUACCUUGAUCAGAGAAUGAAAGGUAUAUGCUAAUGAGACAAAAAAUGUAAGUACAGAUUCGCCUAUUGUGUGUUUCACAUGACGUCAUGGCGGCCAUAUUUGUGUCCCAAAACAAUGAAACGGCGGCCAUGUUUGUGUCCCAAACCAGUCCUGUGGGAGUUGAACUCUUCUCUUAUGUAAACGCUUUCUUUUGUUCCAAUAAAUUUGCAUAGAUGCUGACCACGUGAGUGAAAACACAGAAUAACUUAUCGCGAUAUUUUGGUCUUGCCACUUUGUCUAAUUUCUCACUUCAAUGCACAUUGCAUUUGAACCUUGACACUUGCGCGGUUGGGUCUUUUUUCACAAAUUCACAAGACCAAGAAAAAAUAUCGCAUAAAGGAUAGAUUUGAAUUACGUUUUCUAAUAGAGAGAUGACCGACGGCUGACAAAAAACAUGGAAAAAAGAAAAACAACAACAGCGCGAAGGCGAUGCGAGUAUAAAUGUUUCCUUUUUAAUUAUUAAUAAAUAUUACGUGGGGAAAAGAACUUUCCAGAAUCCUUAUUAUUUUAGAUUUAGAUUCACGUUGUCGAAGGGGUUUGUUAAAAUUAGGUUUCACUGUGCUUGUGUUGCACCAAGGCUGAAGUUUAAAGAAUGAAUAAAAUAGAGCAGUCUCUUAUCUAAGAGAUGAGAGAAGACAUUCACCUACACCACACUAUCUUCUUUCUCAACACCGCAGUAAUAGUCCAUUUCAAAUUUCUAAAAACCCUCACUUUGGCGAAACGAGGCCAAAUGCAACCUCGUUCUUGUGAUAAUGAUUUUUAUUUCCAUGGGUAAAAAAUCAUUUCAUAGCAUAUUGCUUCGCACUUAGUCUCGCUUUGAAACAGAGGCCUGGGGCAACUCGGAAUUUGCCGUUUAACAAUUUGUUUUUUCUAGGUCCGGGUGUCUCAGACGUUGGACGCCGACGAAACAAAACUUGCACCGCCUGUUCGAACGAGGAAGGGAACCAAUGAGGGCUUUCUGUCUGACGCAGUGGUUAGGUCACGUGUUGUGUUAGAGAUCCUGAGCACGGAGAGAGAUUAUGUUAAAAACCUGCAAGAUGUGGUAGAGGUAAGGGAGAGUUUGUUUUUAAACACUAGAGAUUUGAAAAAACGGAAGAUCGCGGUACAAUUAAAAAAAAACAAUUAACGGAGUUAACCCUAACUUGCGCAUAAACAUGCAUUUCCUUUAGCUAUGAUUUUUCGCGCUUUAUACCUGCUGCUGGCACUGGCUGCAUGUUUUCCCUCGCUUGCCUGUUGGUUUCGUGUUGUGUCGCCGGUGACGUGUUUCCCGCGUUUCAUACAGACAGCGCGUUUUCUUACUUGGCCAUGGGGAAGUGUUUUCCGUCACUUUACACUACAAUGGAAGUCUAAAGAACUUGGGAAACGGUGGGAAAACCCUUCCAAGUAAUUGUUACAUAGGGUUCAUCCCUUAACCCUCCCCCCUCCCGACUCCCCCCAACAAUGUUGUGACCCCAAACGGACUCAUUUACACCCAUUUUGCUCCAAAUUCAACAUUGUUUGGGAUGGGAGGGGUGAGGUCGCCAGUUUUUUUAAUAUCACUUUUAUUGACCUCCAUCGUAGUUGCGUAUUGUCUACCCUAAGACGCAGCUUCAGGUGUUUGUUUCCCCACGGUUGUUAUGUUUUUCCAAGGCGUGCCCACCGGGUUGGCAACUGGUCGCACGUGUUUAGUUCAAGUUCUGCUGAGUUGUUCAUGGCUUUUGCUUUGUAAUAACUAACUUAGUUUGUGGUUUCACAGUUCUAAUACCUCCUUGUCAUUACUUUUACAGGGUUACCUCAAACAAGCGCGCAAAAGAACAGACAUGUUCACUGAAGAGAAAAUUGCAAAGAUCUUCUCUAACAUCGAGCAGAUCUAUGAGUUCCAUCGAGAAAUCUUGAGACAGUUAGAGGAGUGUUUUGUGGAAGAUGAUCCCUGUGCUUCUGAGAUUGGCUCCGUCUUUUUAACCAACGUAAGUUUCUUUUGCUGUUUUAUUUUUCAUUAGCUUCGAGUAAGCUUUCCAUUUGUAAAUCGAAGAAGUGUUGGGUCGCGCACGAUGGCUAACUCUUGCUCGUGCUUGAGCGAUUGUUUUUGUCGAAGGUUUUUUUAACCAUUUAACUCGGAAAAUAAUUUUUGGGUCAACUGCUGAUGUAAAAUCUCCGUCACGUUCCAAGAUGACUUGUAAAAAGGUAAUUGCCUCCUUAAUGAACUAACAAUUUAGAAGGUCCAAGGACUUUUUACCAAAUGCAUUUCUCUGUUUCACGUUGCAGGAAAAAGGCUUUGAAAUUUACUCCGAAUAUUGCAAUAACCAUCCACAUGCAAUGGCGGAAUUAAAGACGCUGGGUGAUAGUAACAAAUACAAACAGUUUUUCGAGGUAGGUUACCCAGCCUUGCUUAUGAAACAGGACAUUUACCUAAAACCACUUCGCCUCUCCACCAUCUAUUAACGAGCCUUUACAUUAUGUACAAGUCUGCAACGACUUUUCCAACUACAGUAUAACGAAGGGCCUAGGGACUGGCAAAUUGUGUUCGCUAUAACGAGGAUUCGUUAUAUCGAGGUCCUUUUUUCAUAUAUGUUACUAUUACUGGAGUGAAGAAAAUCGUUCGUUAUAUCGAGGACUUCGUUAUAUAGAGGUUUGUUAUAUCGAAGUUCCACUCUAGUAAAACACCACCAGCGAAAAACGUGAUUGCGACAAUAUGGGGAAUACCCGGCGGCCAUUAACCUUACAAGUUUACCUCCCCCACCCGAUCCCAAAGCAAAAAGUCCUGGAUUCGCGUCUGUACAAACGCCAAGUAGAAGUAGACUAGAUCAAGUGUAACACAAUUAACACAACUAGCGUUCGAAUCACUUUACUAAACUAGCACACCAGUUACACGAGUCGUAAGUCUACUAAACUGCGCAUGUCCGACCCAGCUCGUGCUCAGGCCCCAUGCUACACAAGGCAUGGCAAGGAGGAGUAUCCUAGCUAAUCAAAUGAGCUAUUAAACUGAUCAGAAUUCAAACUGUGAUAAGAAUGUAAGAUCAUCUUUUUUGGUUUGUUUGCAGGCCUGCCGUCUUCUACGAGAUAUGAUCAGCAUAUCGCUGGAUGGAUUUUUACUGACGCCAGUUCAAAAGAUUUGCAAAUAUCCGUUGCAGUUAGCGGUAAGCUUACAAAUGUACUUUCAUGUUGUUAGUUAACAAUCAACAAUAAUGACUGGUCCUUAUUUUGUCUCUUAUAACCAGCUAAGUGGUAACUUUAGCAAGUGACGGUGAUCAGUUUACGCCUCCCGUCUCAUAAUAAAGACGUACGGGUCUAAAUUAAUUGCAAGUAACUUUCCCAGAACAGUACCCAUUCUUCCCGUUGUCUUCGCUGUCAUGAUUUCAGACGAUUUGCCUUCAUUUUUAAUAAUACAUUAAUUUAGUCUUACUUAUGUAUGAGCAAGUCAUUUUAAGAGAGCCGCUGAGCUGUUCUCUGAGACUUCCACUCGUAUAAUACAGACACUUUUAAAUUAGGUAUCCCUGCUUACAACGAAAAUAUAUUUCACUUUAUGCACUGUUCUUUGAUGACUACAAAACACCAUUACGAUUAUUUUUGGAAAGGCCUGUGAAAAUAGAAAUUUUUUUGUUUGUUUUUUCGUGCAGGAACUUAAAAAGCACACCUUGUCAUCUCACAGAGAUUUCGAAACUGUGUCGCGAGCCUUGGAAACAAUGAAAAACGUGGCGUCGUUGAUUAACGAACGCAAAAGGAAAGUUGAGAGUAUUAACAAGAUCGCCAAGUGGCAAAGUACUAUUGAGGGGUGGGAGGUGAGUAAGCAUUAGUGUUUAGGGGAGAGGGGUGACUGGGGUGAACGCAGGUACAUGGAGAUGAUCAGUGAGGGUAUGUGGGAUUAUGAGCCAUUUCGAGAAAGAUCAACUGGUGUCAACUACUGACGACUGUUGAUGGCAAAGUACAACUGGGCCUUCCCACAACGACAACUUUAGGGACAGAGGUACUGAAGUGGUCAUUCUGGAGAGAAUGAGGCCACCUCCAUACGCAGCCACAAAAAGGCCAAUAAUUGUAAAACCGCUUUCUUUAAUGAUAGUACUGUAACUAAGGCCUUCUCUUUACUGGCUGUUUUGAAAGUUAGGCAGCGUGGCCGAGCGGUUACAGCGCUGGACUUGCAAUUCGAAAGUCCCGCCCUGACCGCUAGCUGGAUUUGUUCAUGGUAGUCCCGAGUUCAAAUCCUCGGCCAUGCUUGUAAAUAGCCAGCUGGUUUGCUUUCGGCCAGUUGGGAUUCAGUUAAAUUCAAUUUGAAUUAUUUGUUUCAGAUAUUUGCUGGGCCUCACUAGCAUUAGUGCUCUAAAUACUGCCGAGGGUAAAUAAGGGAAUUGUAUAAUAUAUGUUACAUAUUUUGGUUUUUCUUAAUAAAGGGCGAGGAUGUCCUACAGAGAAGCUCAGAGCUGAUCCACUCUGGAGAUGUUAUCAAGACUUCAAAAGGAGGCUCUCAGGAUCGUGUCAUGUUCCUAUUUGAUCAUCAACUUGUGUACUGCAAAAAGGUAAAAACGAAAAAAAGAAAGAAAGAAAUGGCUUAGCGAAAUGUACGGGUUAGGAAAUUUUCUCAGUGUGUUCUGGCUUGUAGCUAGCGAGCUACGGUGGCUCUUGGAGGAUUUUGUCGAGCUAUAAUUCUGUGGUAAAUGAAAGGACGACUGCUAUGUCCGCCGUAAUAUCUUGAAUUUCUAUCUAGUCUUCUUUUAAAUCCUAAAGCACAAAUGGUCAUUUAGCGUUACUGCGCCAUUACUGUUUAUUCUAACUCAUGAAGAUCAGUAUUCCCUUAUCCCCUACAUCAAACCGGCCCACGGGCACAUGAACAAAAACAGCACAGGGAGGGUAAGAUUAAAACCCAUUCUAAAGAUUUCUCUCUCUUGUCUUUCAGGAUAUAUUAAAGAAAAAUGGCCUAACGUACAAAGGGAGAAUUGACAUGGACGACUGCACCGUGAUUUGGCUGGGAGAUGGAGAAGGUACAACUACUUUAAUUUAUUUCUUGUUUUCAUCUGAAAGAAAUUCUAUGGCUUGACCAUAGGACGAGAAAUAAUGACUCAGACAGCAACUUAAUACAAGAGCAUAUAUGAACUUGUUUGCGGAGGACUCGGAAAAAAAGCCACUUACAUUUACUACUGAACAGUACCUUUUCGUGGCUGCAGACGCGGUCUCGGAAGUGUGGUAUUACGUGCGCAACCUAGAUCGUAGUUACGACAAGCUCGCUCGGCUGCCAGGGUUUCUCUUUCUUCCGGCCUUGUGAUUCUCGUUCUCGCUUUGAUCGGGGACGAAAGGAGAGGAUCACUUGGAAAGGGAACAACUGAACGAGGCACAGUGUUAUAAUUAGCAAUUUAAAGGCGUAAUUGCCUCAUCAACGGAAGGAAUAAAAAGACAAGCUGAUCCCUUUUUUGUUUUUAGAAACGUUAGACAGAUCACCACUUAACAACGCAUGGAAAAUCUAUAACUUCAAGAAGGAAAAGUGGUACAUAUUCUACACGAAAAAGGCGGCUCAGAGGGAAAAAUGGAUGAAAGCAUUUAAGGACGAGAGGAGAAGAGUUAAAGAAGAUGCUAAAACAGGUAAAAAACCGUUCGUUUUUUGGUGAUCAGUGACAUGACAUUGUGUUUUCAUGUUACUACCUCUUAAAGCAGUUGGAGUUUUUAAAAUGCGCGCCGUCACGCGAGUUACCGCUGACUGCCCGGAAAACUGUGUUCAGCCACCUUAAGGGAAUGUUUUGAUGCUCUGAAAUAGAUGGGAUAUCAAAGUUCCUUCUCUGACCAGUUGAAAGACCAAGUGAAACUGCUUUUUUCAACUUUCCUCUCUGUUUGUUCUUUUCAGGUCUUGUUAUCUCAGAGGAUACCAGGAAAGCUGCUAUGAGAGCGGCGAAAGCAUCAGUCAAAAAUAAGAAAGUCAACGGUAAGUUGAGAUUGCUGUUUCAAUACUUUGGGGGAGAGGAGGGUACAACACCUGCUGUGACGGGUUAGGGAAAGUACAUCCAUGGCCGUCGAUUAAUAAGCUCUACUAUACCAUCUUCUCGGGUUUGUAAACCAAGGUAAAGGCAGGAACGACGAGGAAUGGGAUAGCCUACGUGGCAGACGGUUUAUUUGGAUGUGUUUUUGGUUCGUAAAGUAAGAAGCAAGAAGAAAAAGGCAGAGAGCGGGAUAACCUCUGCCUUCUUUCUCUCUCUCGCCCCGUCCACCAUUGCUUUCUCGUAAUGACCUCUGUUUUCCUUUCGCGCGGCUUUUUUAUCUUCCUCUACGAACCAAAAGCAAAAAACAAACCAGGAAUUGGGCUAAGCUGGUCCAUUUGGACAACAGCAGUUAAAAAAUCGUGUCUUGUCAGUCAACUCCGGUCGCCAAGUACUCCGGUCAAUUAGCGUUUCUUCAUGUUCCUUUUGACAGGUAAGAAAGAAAAGCCGUUUAUAAAGUCUCAGUCUUCAGCAGAAAUUAAACCACCUCCCUCGCCAACUCUGAGGCUACCCGCCCCAGUCUCUAGCGCAGAUUUGAAAGAGGAGGAGGAAGAAGAAGGAGACAAAGAUAUUAACGGAAAUGGUUCUCCUCUCAGUCCCAGAUCGUCUGUCAUCCGAAGGAGUUUUGGUUUACGAGGAUCAAAAAGUAAAAAGAAAGAAAAUCGGAAGAGCUCGAUUUUUUAACGCAAAAUACUCAGUGGUCCCUGUCAGAUCCUCGCUAUGAAGCUUUACUAGCCAAAAAAAAAAAAGAUUGAUAUGCACAGGAACUCGAACAAUACCGAGCCCGUAGGAUGUUGCUCGCCAACAAAACGUGCCCCUGCAACCGCGGCAAGUUGACGUGGUAAUUUCUGAUUGGAUCAGAAGCGCGUCUCCUCGGUACAUCAACGAAGAUUAGCCGAAAGCAAAACGCGUGGCCCGAACCAACGUCAACUUCACGAGUAAUGUGAAAGCAGGAGUGGUAGAUCAUAAUUUCUCCAAGUGAAAUACUGUCAUCAGGCCCUCUUCCGACUUCUGUUGGUUGCAAGACAACUGGACACUUGAGUGCCACUUAACGUUAAAGGAACUUCAAUCAUAGCGUUUUCUGUGGUUUGUUCUGUUAUUUAGGCUUUGAUAUGGUAGGAUUAUCAAUGACAAAAAUAACUUUACACCAUUCGCGUCUUUCGUAGGAGUUAUCUUUAAAAUUUUAGCAGUGUAUUUAGCUGUAAUUUGUGUAUUUCAUAGCGUUACAAUUCAAUAGGCUGUUUAACCGUCGCGAGGAUAUUACACUAAUUUAUUUCAAUGAGCUCACUGCGACCUUUUCGUUCCCCAGUUUCCAUAUUUUGCUUCCCAAAUCUUAGGACAAAAUCUGAGAAACCAAUUAAAAUGAGACGAGUUUU